GGGCUGCGGAGAGAUAUUUUGGGUGGCAGGAGGCCCCUCGUCAUUUCCGCCGGGCGGCUCGUCGUGCCGGGGGCUCCACUCCCGCGCGCCAGGCGAGCGAGCGGGCAAGUUGGCUGCGACCGUGCGCCGGCGCCUCUUUCUUUCCCUGCCGCGACCCUCAGGGGCUCGAGCCAUGAACUGAAGCCCCUAGGGACGCUCACCCCGGGCUGAGCCGCGGACUCUGCCGCUGCGGUUGCCGCCUGGGCUGGGACCCAGCCGACCCCGGCGUCUUAUCCCGGCCGGCUGGCCGGCCGUCGCCGCUCCCACCGCAGCCACCUCCGACGCUCCAGCCUUGGGACCGACACACAAAAGCCACCCUCUCCGCGCCGCCCACCCCGGGAGGCUGCGGCCGGCCACCGACCCCACCUGAGGGCGCAGCGGGCUGCGGACUUGGCUUUCUGUCCGAGCUCCGCGUCCCACGCGGCACCGACCCCGCCGCCCAUGGCUCUGAUAAUGGAACCGGUGAGCAAAUGGACUCCGAGUCAAGUAGUGGACUGGAUGAAAGGUCUCGAUGACUGUCUGCAGCAGUAUAUUAAGAACUUUGAGAGAGAGAAGAUCAGUGGAGACCAGCUGCUACGCAUUACACAUCAGGAGCUAGAAGAUCUGGGAGUCAGCCGUAUUGGUCAUCAGGAGCUGAUCUUGGAGGCAGUUGACCUUCUGUGUGCACUGAAUUAUGGCUUAGAAACAGAAAAUCUAAAAACACUUUCUCACAAGUUGAAUGCAUCUGCCAAAAAUCUACAAAACUUCAUAACAGGAAGGAGAAGGAGCGGCCAUUAUGAUGGGAGGACCAGCCGAAAAUUACCAAAUGACUUUUUGACCUCAGUUGUGGAUCUUAUUGGAGCAGCCAAGAGUCUUCUUGCUUGGUUGGACAGGUCACCAUUUGCUGCUGUGACAGACUAUUCAGUCACAAGAAAUAACGUCAUACAGCUCUGCUUGGAAUUAACAACAAUUGUGCAACAGGAUUGCACUGUAUAUGAAACUGAAAAUAAAAUUCUUCAUGUGUGUAAAACUCUCUCUGGGGUCUGUGACCACAUCAUAUCCCUGUCCUCAGAUCCUCUGGUUUCACAGUCUGCUCACCUGGAAGUGAUUCAGCUGGCAAAUAUCAAACCAAGUGAAGGGCUGGGUAUGUAUAUUAAAUCCACAUAUGAUGGCCUCCAUGUAAUUACCGGAACCACAGAAAAUUCACCUGCAGAUCGCUGUAAGAAAAUCCAUGCUGGUGAUGAAGUGAUUCAAGUUAAUCAUCAGACUGUGCCUCUUAUACCUAGAAGUCCCACAAGCAGCGUUGCCACGCCCUCCAGUACCAUCAGUACACCCACCAAAAGAGACAGUUCUGCUCUCCAGGAUCUCUACAUUCCCCCUCCUCCUGCAGAACCAUACAUUCCCAGGGAUGAAAAAGGAAACCUUCCUUGCGAAGACCUCAGAGGACAUAUGGUGGGCAAGCCAGUUCAUAAGGGAUCUGAAUCCCCAAAUUCAUUUCUGGACCAGGAAUAUCGAAAGAGGUUCAACAUUGUUGAAGAAGAUACUGUCUUGUAUUGCUAUGAAUAUGAAAAGGGGCGAUCAAGUAGUCAAGGAAGACGGGAAAGCACACCAACCUAUGGCAAGCUACGACCUAUAUCUAUGCCAGUCGAAUAUAAUUGGGUGGGGGACUAUGAAGAUCCAAAUAAGAUGAAGAGAGAUAGUAGAAGAGAAAACUCUCUACUUCGAUACAUGAGCAAUGAAAAAAUUGCUCAAGAAGAAUACAUGUUUCAGAGAAACAGCAAAAAAGACACAGGGAAGAAGUCAAAAAAGAAGGGUGAUAAGAGGAAUAGCCCAACUCACUACUCAUUGCUACCUAGUUUGCAAAUGGAUGCAUUGAGACAAGACAUCAUGGGCACCCCAGUGCCAGAAACCACACUGUACCAUACAUUUCAGCAGUCCUCUCUGCAGCACAAAUCAAAGAAGAAAAACAAAGGAGCUAUAGCAGGCAAGAGCAAAAGAAGAAUUUCUUGCAAGGAUCUUGGCCGUGGUGACUGUGAGGGAUGGCUUUGGAAAAAGAAAGAUGCAAAAAGCUAUUUUUCACAGAAGUGGAAGAAGUACUGGUUUGUCCUAAAGGAUGCAUCCCUAUACUGGUAUAUUAAUGAAGAGGAUGAAAAAGCAGAAGGAUUCAUCAGUCUGCCAGAAUUUAAAAUCGAUAGAGCCAGUGAAUGCCGCAAAAAAUAUGCAUUCAAAGCCUGCCAUCCUAAAAUCAAAAGCUUUUAUUUUGCUGCUGAGCAUCUUGAUGACAUGAACAGGUGGCUUAACAGAAUUAACAUGCUGACUGCAGGAUAUGCAGAAAGAGAGAGGAUUAAACAAGAACAAGAUUACUGGAGUGAGAGUGACAAAGAAGAAGCAGAUACUCCAUCAACACCAAAACAAGACAGCCCUCCACCCCCCUAUGACACAUACCCACGGCCUCCCUCUAUGAGUUGUGCCAGUCCUUAUGUGGAAGCAAAACACAGCCGGCUUUCCUCCACAGAGACCUCACAGUCUCAGUCUUCACAUGAAGAGUUCCGUCAGGAAGUGACUGGGAGCAGUGCUGUGUCUCCCAUUCGCAAGACAGCCAGUCAGCGCCGCUCCUGGCAGGAUUUAAUCGAGACACCGCUGACAAGUUCAGGCUUACACUAUCUUCAGACUCUGCCUCUGGAAGAUUCUGUCUUCUCGGAUUCGGCAGCCAUCUCCCCUGAGCACAGGCGGCAGUCCACGCUUCCCACUCAGAAGUGCCACCUCCAGGAUCACUAUGGCCCAUACCCUUUAGCAGAGAGCGAGAGGAUGCAAGUGUUAAAUGGCAAUGGGGGCAAGCCUCGAAGUUUUACUCUGCCUCGAGAUAGCGGGUUCAACCAUUGCUGUCUGAAUGCUCCAGUUAGUGCCUGUGACCCACAAGAUGACAUACAGCCACCAGAGGUGGAGGAAGAAGAGGAGGAGGAAGAAGAGGAAGCAGCAGGAGAAAACAUUGGAGAGAAAAAUGAAAACAGAGAAGAAAAGUUAGGAGACUCCUUGCAAGAUUUAUACAGGGCACUGGAGGAAGCCAGUCUAUCACCACUAGGAGAACAUCGCAUUUCAACCAAGAUGGAAUACAAACUAUCAUUCAUAAAACGGUGUAAUGAUCCUGUGAUGAAUGAGAAACUGCACAGGCUGAGAAUUCUUAAAAGCACUUUAAAGGCCAGAGAAGGGGAAGUAGCCAUUAUUGAUAAAGUCCUAGACAAUCCAGACUUGACUUCUAAAGAAUUCCAACAAUGGAAGCAGAUGUACCUCGACCUUUUCUUGGAUAUCUGUCAAAGCACCACCUCAAAUGACCCACUAAGUAUUUCUUCUGAAGUAGAUGUUCUCGCUUCCUCUCUAACACAUACUCACUCAUACAUUGAGACACAUGUGUAAGUGCAUUCGGCCCCGAGGUCACCUAGUACCUGAUGGUACUCAGAAUAAGUGGAUAAGGUAGUUUUUUAUCAGUGUGUUGGAUACUUGACAAGCUCUACUUUAAUGUUACCAAACUAUAUGAAACAAAGCAUACAUGGUCACAUUGCCACUGUCUUUAAAGAGCAUUUGUAUGUUUUCUAUGCAGUCAGUGCUCAGCCUAUGUUUACCAUGUGCAGAAUCAACUAUCUUUAAUGACUUAAAUUAACUUUUGCAGACAAUUCUGAAAACAGGUGAUCUUCAAGUAGAAAAACCACAAAAAGGCAAUUUUCUAUCUGAGGUCAUCUCUUCUCCCUUUAAGUUAAUUUUAUAUAUAAUGAGACUUCAACCGUAAAUCACAAUUUUUUCAGGUGCAGACAUCCUUGUGGGUGGGAAAGAAUUUAAACCUUUUUAUAUUUAUUAAAAUGUUCUAAGAAUUUUCUUAAACAUUGCACAAAGUUUAAUGCUGUAGUUUUAUUUUUAUGAAAUGUAGGUGCGUAUAAAAGAGUUAAGCAAACUAGAAGAGCAUGAACAUAAGAAAAGUUCAGGUCUAAUAUCUGUCUUAACAGUCUAUUAACUUGUGCUAACUGGUUAAUGGAGGUACUAUUCCAAAUCUAUGAGAACACUGCGUGGUGUAUCAGGGCAAAGCUUUGUAAGAUGUUUUUGUAACUAAGACCAAAAUUGAAGAUAGAGCUGCUUUAUUUUCUUGGUUUAAAUCUUCCUUUAUUUUUGUAGUGAUGAAAUGCUGAUUGUGUACAGAAGAAUUUAAGAAUGGAUUUUUUAAAACAGACUUAACUCACCCAGAAAGGCAGCUAACAGCUACACACACACACACACACACACACACACACACACACACACUUUCAGCCCAAACUCGUGUUUUUUGAACUCUUAACUCUUAAAAGACAAGGUAUACACUGAAAUGAGUCCAUUUUCCAGGCAUUUUCCAAUUUUCCCUUGGUCUGUAACUAAACUUCUGUAAUUAUACAUCAGGCAAGAUAGUAAAAUGCAUUUGGUCGUGGCAGACAGAAGUUGCAGUAGAGAAAACAAUGUUGAAAAACGUUAAUGGGUUUCUCUACUAAGGAGCAGAGGAUGGCAGUCAUUCAGGGAGUUAUUACAUUGAGUGGCCUGAGAUCAAGCACUUAGAGGUUUUUUCCUAGAAUCCUGAACUGUUUAUAGGUGGAGUCUAUGAAAAAGUCCUCUUGACAUAUUGCCAUUUCUAUGUGUCUAGUUUUGGAAAGUGACCACAGCAUGAAAGUGACUUGCUGCUUUUUAGUGUGUGGCUGCAUAAAAUACAAGUCACAAUUUGCUGUUUUUUCAGGAGGAAAAGAUCCUCCUUUACUAUUCUAUAUCCUAAAACCUACUUCUGAUCAGCUUUAUCCUGUUGCCUGUACAGCUCAGUGAAUGUAUUUACAUCUCUAAGAGUUCAGAUAUAUGCCAGUGAAUAUUUUUGCUGUAGAGAAGAAAGUCAAAACUACACAGCGGGAUCUUUUUCUUUGCUUUUGAAAUCACAUUAAAUCACUAUCGUUUUGCAGACUUUGCACAACUGUACAGGAGAGUGGCCUUUCUACAGCACAUUUUCAGUAAUCCUAUAUUUAGUCAAAAUGGAUGAGAAACAUGCAUUAAUGUUUGUAUGGAAUUGUGGGUCCGGUGUAAUAUUUUUAUCAUUUAGAAUACCCUAUUUGUAAAAAACAUUUAUUUACUGCAUGGUUAUUGACAAACAUUAAAUUUGUGGGAUUUUGUAUAUGUAAAAGAAAGAGAAAGAACAAACAAACAAAACCCCUCUUGUCAUAAAAUGAAGUGUGCUUGUUACAGUUGUUUAGGCAUAUUGAUGUUCACUAGAACAAUGUGGUGUAUCUUCACUUAAAACUAUUUGUACAUGAUGGAUGCGUCACGUAUAUAGUGGACAAACAACCUGCAAACAACAGGCAGUCGGUGGGAAGACUGGCUCUGUUACUAGUAAGCAGCUUGUACUUUUGUAAAGUCAGCUGUUGUUUUACUGGUUAAAAAAAUUAAACUAAUAAAUUUUAUAAGACUGGUGAGUUAUAAGACUAGCCUAGCAUGAAAGAGACCUUUUAACAGUAUUUAUCUGUACAUUUUAUUGCAUUCGUUUCAAAUCUAGGAGAGAGGCAGCACUGUAAACUGAAGUCAAAUAAAUUCAGCUCUCAAUGAAUCCCUAUAAAACACCGACUUUAUUCAUGCAAAGGGCUUACCACAUUUCUCUGUGACCUAAUCAUCCAGCCACCCUCACUACCACCACCCCAGUUACAAGUUCUCACUUUGCCACCUCACUGAUAGCACAAGCCAGAAGUGACACCUGUUCAGAGGUUACCACGGUCUCCUCUGAGACCUUGAAACCACCUCAAGCUAUCUUCCCACUGACCUGACCUCACCUUAAAAACUUCACCUACUCCUUCCUUUUCUGUGAGCCUUUGGGGAACUAAGAUUGAAACCACCAAAACUGAGCUAAUUUUCUUCUUACAAAUGUAGUGUAUUGUGGUUAAGUGAAAUAUAUAUAUAUAAACUAAUAAGCUGCCAGUGUAAAAGCAGAUGAGGACAGGACAGAAAAAUUAUUAACCAAGAGUUGUUUCUCAAAGAAAUGCUUUUUCUGGGUUUUUUCCCCUUCUCAGUUCCAUGUCAAUACGAAACUGUCAAAGCAGAACUAUAACCAUGGCUCUGCACCAUAAAUAUCAUUUUUCUCGGUACAACUAUUCCAUACUGUUUAACGAAGGUGUGUAUAUGUGCGCACACACACACACCUUCACAGUUUCAUCAAAUACUGUCUACUGGGCCUAUUAUUACAGCUAUUGUAGCCAACAGUUUUCUGUGGUUUGUGUGUAACUAGUUGUACAUUGUUUGGAUGGGAGACACUUGAAAAACACUUUAGGGAGCGAAGUUAGGUCCUAUUUUAUUUUCAAAUUCCACCUCUAGGCCAAAAUGAGUCUGUCUUUCUGAAACCUCUACAGUUAACUAAAGCUGGCUCAUCUCUUUGCAUUUGACCAUUCCUGGCUGACAUCUGCAGUUGGAGGGGAAUAGUUAGUUUUUGUCCAAGGCCUCGUUCACCUCCUUAUCGUUCAGAACUACUCUAUCAGAGUCCUCUUAAGGGCAAAGCAGUGCUUUUCAGGCAAGGUCAAGAACAACUUUCCCUUAGAUCCUCCGAAGCCUGGACUCACCUGUUCAAUCCAGCACUAAAUCUGGCACCUCUCCAGUCUCUCCCUCCCUUGUCCCCUCCCUACCCUCCGGUAGCUGCAGCACUGCACACUGAAGGCCACUCCACGCCCAAGGCAGCACACAGCCUAUAUCUUCCCAGCGGUCCAGGUCGAGGUCAUAGCCCACUACGUUCUGGGUUGGCACCUGGCGUGAGUCCCGCCACUUGAGACCACCCAGCAGCAGCACUGUCUCUUCUACCACAGCAAGUCCAUAGCAGAAGCGGUCAUAGGGUAGCGACCGCAACCGAGUCCACUGGUCUGUGCAGGGGUCAUAGCGUUCAAUCUCAGAGAAGGGCUCAUAUCUCCCCAAAAAGGCAAACACUGCACCUCGCAGCACCGCAAGGUAGUGCCCAUAGCGAGCUGUGCCCAUGGGUGCCCUCUUGCUCCACACUCUCUCUCCGGGGCUAAGGGAGUACAUAUCCCGGAGGCUACUCGUGCCUCCUUCACCUCUCCCAGUCUUGCCCCCGGAGAUGUACACAACACCAUGGUCCCCAACAGCACCUGCGUGACCAUGUACUGCCCGAGGUAGCUCUCCAGCUGCCAUCCAGCGGUCCCUGCGAAGGUCAUACAUCUCCACUGAGGCCAGUGCCUCACCACAGGUGCCCAGGCCUCCGACAGCCAGGAGACUCUCACCUACCACACCACACCAGAAGUAGGCCCUUGCUUCUCGCAUGGCAGGCACCUGUGUCCAAGUGUGGAAGCGCGGGUCGUAACGGUGCACUAAGGCUGUGACUGACCUUGAGCUGGCAGCCAGAGAACUAGAUGGGCUGCCAGGAAGGCUCUCCCCUCCAAGGACAAAUAGGAAGUUGCCAGUGGUACAUACACUGUGGCCUAGCAGUGGUGUGGGCAGCUGUGUCAAGCUGUGCCAGCUGUGGUUAUACACAUCGAAGGACACCACCUCCUGGGUGAGCUCCCACUCCUUCUCCUCCUCCAUCUCUUCCUCCUCCUCUCCCUCCUCUUCCUCUGGUUGAGGUGCAGGGUGCCGAUUCUGAACUACCUCUGGUAGGACCAUGAUCUCCUCGGUUACCAUCUCCCUAGCUCUGAGACCACCAACUAGCAAGAUACGGGUCUGGGGACUCCGGACACUAGUCUGUUCUCCCUGCAGAAGCGGCUGGCUGGAGGGUGCUGUGUGGUAGUUGAGGGCCUGGAUGAUGAGGCUCUUGAUCCUAGUAGGUAAUAUAAGACCGGAGCCCGAGUACAUGCGCCGCAGCACACCAGCAGGCACCAGGCCAAAGCGGAUGCAUCCAAGCAGUGUUGAACUAUGUGCCAGGCGCUGGGCCUUGGGUUCCUGCUGCAGCCAGGCUAAUGCCAGGCCCAGCAGCCGUGUCUCAGGCACCCGUGCCACGUCAGGGGCACCCAGCACAGCUUUCAUUGAUAUAGGAUUGAGUUCCAGCAGCCCCGAGGGCCCAGUGCCCAUCAGUAACAGCCCCCCCAGGUGGCGCACAAUACAGCGCUCCGCUGCACCUAGGGUGCGGGCCAGGCCAAAGCGAGCUGCCACAUUGGCAGUGAAGCAGCAAUUCUCUGGGGCAAGCUGGCGUUCCAAGUAGUGGGCACACAGUCCCAAGGCCUCGGUGACUUGCAGGUAGCUGGCAGCCUCCAGAGUGUCUUCCACAGUGUCCAUGGAGAGGGGCAGCCAGGCAGUGUAGAUGAAGUCCAGCAGGCGCUGUAGGCCGGCCGCUGAAGGUACACGCAGGUGAAUUACGCGAGCCCGCGAUUCCUGAGUGUGACUCUUGAACAGGGCCCUGAAGUAGUCGCUGGAGCACGCCAGAAGUGACCUGUGCGCUGGGAACUCACUGCCCUCGGCCUCCAGUGUCACAUCGCACAAGAACCCCUCAGCGCGUAGGGCCUGGUAGCCAGUGAGAAGAGAGCUGCCGUGGGCUUUGCAGUAAGACAGGAAGUAACUCAUGAUGCCCAAGGCGGGAAGCUGGGAUGGAGCCAGCCCGGCGUGGCAGGAGGCAUCCCGUAACAAGGAACCCCCACCUCCGCUGUCCAGCUGCUGAGCCCCUAGCAAAGGCUGAUUUUUGCCUGCUCAGCUUAAAACCUAGGGUUCCUUCAUCCAGAUUUGGCGGUUGCUCCGUGCCCCUCUCAGACAAAGUAAGAUGUAGAGACAAUUUCCAGAAGCCUCUAGUAGCAAAGGGUGUGGAUUUCGGAGUCUUCUCGGUAUUGCUAGACUUGUUUUCAGCUGGUGAGCAUGACAGCACGUUGCCCAAAGCCGCCUCCCCUACACAAUUUGGGGAACCCACACUUGCACACCAGGGGCGGCGGUGGCCGCGCACCAUCACCUGGAGAGGUCGAGGGUACUGAAUCUCCAAAAGGCCAGAGGCGUGGCUGUGGCCCUAUUGUGGGUGCCCCGGGACAGCAGGAUGGUGGCUCUGAACUCCCGAUCGUGGCUGCUCCGUAGACACUCGCGCAGUCCGAGGACAACUGGCUAGGGGGCUGGGGGUGAACUUGUUCUGAAAGAAAGAUCAAAUCAAAGCCUGUGGCACUCGGGGGAGAGCAGGUCAGCUUAGAGGGUUGGGAACGUGAUUGGGCGCUGCACAUAACAUGCCGGUAGCUCACAGAGACAGGAAUAGUGCUCGCCUUGGCCGGCUGGCUCUCGGCGACCCGCCCCGCCCUGCGUCCCAGCUGCUGGCUGCGAAGCGCCCAAGGGCUCAGCAGGAAGCUUCCUGAGCCAGGGCACUGACUUCUGUGACCUGACUGGCCUCCAGGAACCGCAGGGAGGGGAGGGGGCGUCCCUUGGAAUGCUGAGCUGAGGGAGGAGUGGCAAAAGCUAAGGAAGGGCCCACUUUCCUUGGGACUCUAGUCCUGGUAAUGUGUUGAUGGGGAUAUCUGGCGAGGCUGGAGGCCCUCUUGGUGUCCCUGUGCACGGGAAAAGAAGCCUCAGGCUAAUCUUUUGGCUUUGAAGAUGUCCUAAUUAGUAAGGAGCAAGCUGGGAUUAAGAGGCAAUUUUGCGCACUGACACCUAAGAGGAGGCCACUGCUCAGAGAAGACUCUAGGAAGAGCUAAACCAGAGAGAACCCCAAGCUCUGGACCAAGUUCUUGUGCCCUGUGUGAAAUUCAGGGGCACUUGCCCUUCCUAAGGCAGGCAGAGUCUCCCAAGCUGCCUGGUUUUACAUUCCAACCCCUGCCCUCUGACCCCAGAGGAGCUCUCUUGGUACUCUCGCGCUUGUGAAAACCAUCUCUUUGCAACGCGGAGAAAGACGUUAUAACUAACUCGAGUUUUUUCUUUGAAUGACAACUCCUCAAAAAAAAAAAAUGUAAUUCCUUCUAGUUUUCUCUCUGCUUUCCCAUGCUCUGAUCUAAUGACUGGCUGCCACAUUCUCAAUACCAAGACAAGACAAUGGGCAGUAAAGUUGCAAGGCUCAGGACAGUUGUGAUUUCUGGGGCCCCUCCCCACAAAGUGAUUUUUAUAAGAAACACCAAGCACAGAAAUGGUGACUAAGAGCACCCUGUUGGUUGCCCACAUCCUGCUCUUGCACUAGGAGUUCAUUAAGCGCUCUUUCUUGCCAAAUUACAGGCUUCUGUUUUGUUUUGCUUCCAGCAAGAGUUUGUCUUCCUGGAUUUCAAGAGCGGCCCCUCCAGCAGUCCUGAUCUAGAGGAGUCUGUCAGACCGAGUUCUAUUUCACAGAAGCAAAAAA